CGUAAGAAUAGCGCUAUCGUGUUGGCAUAACUUAGCUGUGCUCACUCCGUAUUGUCAAACAUAAUAAUAAUUAUAACCUUUAAAGUAGAAAAAGCGGAUUAUCUUCUACGUAUUUUAUUUUUUUUACCUGGUUUACCUUCGUUUAUUUUGCAAUGGGAGCUCAAACUGUGAGUGUUGGACUUGAAAACGUGCAGGAUGCUAAAGCUACAUGAGAAACAGCUUCGUUUUCUAUCACACAUCUGAGAUUCCUGCUGCUAUGUAGAGCUGCAGAGAGACUCUCCUGUCCUGUUAUUUACCACUUUGUCAUCGUCUCAAUGGGGAAAAGGAAAGACAUGAUUCACCCCAGGUUCCUCUGUGAAGGCGGAUCCAGCCUGCACAGCGUCCACAAACGGAAACACAAAAAGCACAAGAAGCACAAGAAGAAGCAUCACACCUUUGCAGAGGUCCCGGAGCCCCAGCCCGUUGUGGUUCCACGGCCUCCUCCGCCUCCACAGCUCAGACUCAAGAUCAAACUGGGAGGACAGACACUGGGGACUAAGAGUGUUCCGACCUUCACUGUGCACCCUGGUGUGGCCUGUCCUCCGUCUCCUCUGAUGAUAAUUCAUAAUAAUGAUGUUGAUGAUACUGAUGAUGAUGAUGAAGAUGACGAUGAUGACGAUGAUGAGCCCUCUGUGCCUCUGGAGCAGUACAGAGCCUGGCUGGAUGAGGACAGCAACCUUGCCACAUCCCCAAUGCCGGACAUGGACUCGGACUCGUUGCUGGUCGGGCCGGUGGACGAGGAAGAGAGGUGGCUGGACGCUCUGGAGAAGGGCGAGCUAGACGACAACGGAGAGCUGAAGAAGGAGGUCGACGAGUCUCUGCUGACAGCGAGACAGAAAGCUCUGCUACACAAGCAGCAGAGUCAGCCCCUCCUGGAGCUCCCCAUGGGCUACAAGGAGAAGGAGAUGACCGUAGAGAUGAUGCAGAAGCGGGAGGAGCGAGCCCGGAAGCGCCGCCUGCAGGCCGCCAAGAAGGCGGAGGAGAGCAAGAACCAGACGAUAGAGAGACUCACAAAAACCAGCAAGGCCAAGAUCAAGAGCAUGAGAGAGAGGAAGUCCAAGCAGAGUCAGGCCCCCAUGAUCCGCUACAGCGAUUCAGUCCAGGGCAUGGCCAUUUCCUUCCCCGCCGGUGUCCCCACUCCAGUCCCAGCACGUUCCGGUAGUCCACCUGCAGCCCCUCUGAACUGCGGAGUAGGCGGGUGCACCAACCUGAAGAAGUACGCGUGCUCCAAGACCGGGGUCCCGCUCUGCAGCCUCGAGUGCUACAAGAGGAACCUGCUGGUGGUUGAGAGCGCUGCCUGAAUGAUAAAUGAUCUUCUACAUCCUCAAUGAAGGCUGAUGCCGUUUGGUUUAUACACCAGUAUGAAGACGGAGCACACAGCUCAUUAUCUGUAAUAAAACAUUACACAGACGCUGCACAGAUGUGUGAGGUCCCAAAGUUUACACCGUAAACAUCCUUUUCUUUGAUUGUGUAAAUGUGAACUUUUGUUUUUCCUACUUUGUCAUUGGCUCUUUGGUAUCAACAAUAAUGUUUUCUUUUCCUGCAGUGAUUUAAUUAUGGACUUUGUAAAUGUUAUGAAUAGUAUUUAUGAUUUACACUGAGUCAAUAAUGUCACAAUUAUGUUUGGAGUCUGACAAAGGGCUUCCAUGACAACGAGCUGAUUUGUAAAGAAAGAAUAAAAAGAAA